CAGUGCGGUCUUCUCGCUGUCUCCCUCCCUCACCCCCUCCUUUUUUUUUUUUGUAAUGAACCCCUCUGUUCCAAAAUGGCGGCGCUGAGCAAGUCCAUCCCCCACAACUGCUACGAAAUCGGGCACACCUGGCACCCCCACUGCGGCAGGGCCUUCCUCCACAUCACCCGGGGGGCGCUGGGGGAGUCGCUCCGCAUCUACGGCACCCUUUACCUGAUUGCGGCAAUUUUGCGAAAGAGAAAACUUGAUUAUUACUUGCACAAACUGCUCCCUGAAAUUCUGCAAUCAACAUCUUUUCUGACAGCAAAUGGAAGUCUAUAUAUUGCAUUUUUCUGCAUUUUAAGAAAGAUCCUGGGAAAAUUCUAUUUUUGGACACCUGGAUUUGGUGCGGCUUUGCCAGCUUCUUAUGUGGCCAUUCUUAUUGAGAGGAAGAGCAGGAGAGGGCUGCUUACAAUUUACAUGGCUAAUUUGGCCACAGAAACACUAUUUCGCAUGGGAGUUUCAAGGGGUACGAUUACUCCUCUAAGACAUGGAGAGGUCCUUUUGUUCUGCAUUACAGCUGCCCUGUUUAUGUUCUUUUUCAGAUGCAAGGAUGGCUUGAAAGGUUUUACAUUCUCCGCAUUAAAGUUCAUUGUAGGAAAAGAAGAAAUACCCACACAUUCAUUUGCACCAGAAGCAGCAUUUCUAAAAAGAGAGAGAAAAAGAAAAUGCCAUGAAGAUAUAAUACAGCGAAUGAACAUAAUUGCAGUAACAAAGAAAUUUGUAGACAAAGUAUGCAAACAUGGGCCAAGGCACAGAUGUUGUAAACAUUAUGAAGAUAAUUGCAUCUCAUAUUGCAUUAAAGGCUUCAUUAGGAUGUUUAGCGUUGGUUAUUUGAUCCAGUGUUGCCUUCGAAUCCCAUCAGCAUUCCGGCAUCUGUUUACAAAACCUUCCCGGUUGCUCUCACUCUUCUACAACAAAGAAAAUUUCCAGCUCGGGGCUUUUCUGGGGUCAUUUGUCAGUAUAUAUAAAGGUACAAGCUGUUUCUUGCGAUGGGUACGGAACCUGGAUGAUGAACUCCAUGCACUUAUUGCAGGGUCUCUGGCAGGAAUGUCAAUGAUGUUUUACAAAAGCACUACUAUCUCUAUGUAUCUGGCUUCUAAACUAGUGGAGGCCAUGUAUUUCAAAGGCAUUGAAGCUGGAAAAGUUCCGUAUUUCCCUCAUGCAGACAGUAUCAUCUAUGCUGUGUCCACAGCUAUCUGCUUCCAGGCAGCUGUGAUGGAAGUUCAGAACCUGAGACCUUCCUACUGGAAGUUCCUACUACGGCUGACAAGGGGAAGGUUUGCUGUCAUGAACAGGAAAGUUUUGGAUGUAUUUGGCACUGAAGCAUCUAUGCAUUUCAAGGAUUUCAUACCUAAACUUGACCCUAGAUAUACAGUUGCCCCACCAGAGAUACCUGUUGAGCAGCCCUGGAAGUGACACAUUAGCCUGUGAUGAGUUUGUCCUGAGGAGUUAAUUAACCUAACAGUCAAAUAGAAGACUUACGUUCCACUUCUGCACAGUUUCAGUGCGUUAUUACGUUAUUUUACCAAUCUGAACACACUGAAACAUUGUAGAGAGGAAAGGCUUUAAUUCCACCUCUCUCAUAGUAGAAAGCAUUUCUGUAUCGCUGAGGCUGGUUGUCACAGUCUGAUAGAUUUUUAUAUAAAUAUAAAUAUAUAUAAAUAUCAAUGAAUUAAUAUAUCAAAAAGAAAAUUUAAGAAAUCCCUGAAUGUGCAUAAAAUAAAAAUAUGCUUAAAUUAAAUUAAUUUUAUUUCAUUCCAGUAGAUAACUUUUCAAAAAAUAUUUUUACAUUUAAAAAAUAAAAGGUACAUGGAAUAAACACAGAUACAUACCCUCUACUGAUCCAGAAUUAUUCUAAAUUGUAUUUCCAAGUCAUUUAUAGUGGGAAAGAUUUUCUCUCUUCUAGAUGGAUUUUUUUAAAGAAAAAGAAAUACUUUUAUCACUGGAAAAUGUUAAAAGAGCCAUAUCUGGUACUCUAUUUAUGAUUGCACAUCCGUCAUUGGCUUUGAAAACGGCCUUCCUUGAUCAACAGCUCAUCUCCUAAAUUCAGUUGCACACCUUUGAUCACACUGAGAGCUGAGAAAACAUGAUUUUUAGACCUUGGUAACAUAGAUCUUGAGGUACUGAUAUGAAUACCAGAAAAAGACAAGACCACUACAAAGUGGAAUGUAGUAUUUUUCGGAUCUUCAAGUAAGUUUCACAAAUGACUAGGUGAAUUUAAGAACAAAAAUGGAAAAUGUACACAAAAGAGACUUGAGAAAUGGGUGUGCCCUCGGUUAUGGAAUUAACUUGUUUGUCUAAGCCUGUGUACUGUGUCGGUUUUCCAGUGGCCUUCAAAAAGAGUGAAAACCCAAAAGUGGAAUGGCUGAACAAAAAUGGAGUGAUUUGUUAAGCAUAUGGAUGCUGUUUACUUCUGAAAAUGUUGCUGUGUGUUGGAGAUGUCUUGAAAGUAUAACAGAUACGAAACAGCCAUAUAUUCAAACCAAUAUGUGAAGUUUAGCACAAGCUGGCCAUUGCUCAAAAGCCACUUCCGUAUGCCACACAGUGCCACACACUGAUAAGACCUUGAUAAUCUCAAUCCAUUUCAAUAAUCAUCUUAUUACAUCUGAGGAUGAACUCUGCAGCAGCUGAAGGAAAAGAAACACCAUUUUCACUUGGAUUCAUUUAAUAUGCCAAAAACUUAGAUAUCUAUGGGCAAAAAUGUCAGAAAGACUAGAUGUGUAGUCCAGAUUCUGCUUUAAUUGCUGUAAGCUGUUUUCCCCCAGCCAUGUCUCUGUGUAGAUUAUAUAUAUCUCAACUAAAUCAUUUCAUAUGCUGUGCAAAUGAAGUUAUCUUCAAAGAACAACAGUAACAUGAUACGUGACUGACCAAAACAUCCAGUAGAGUGAGAGAGGCGUUGAAUUCAUUAGAACCUUUCUUCAAGAUGGAUAUUAAGAGAAAUUAAGAGAUGUUAAUAGGGAAGACUUGGAUGCAUGGAGUAAAACCAUAGAGGUUCUGAUAUAUACAUACGUACAGUGGAAAAGGUAUUCCUGGCAUUGAUUUUUUUUAAAAAAUUACGGUAACUUUGUAAGCCUUUGACUUUGGUGUUAUUUUAGAUCAUGUCUAGGAACAGUUCUUACCUCCCUUUUAAAAAUCAGCAUCCAGAAUGAAAGAAUGGUCUGGUGAAUUCAAAUAUCACUCACUGUUUUGUGUCUUUUUAGUUGGUCCCUAGUGAAAGUGCCAUGCUGUUGUAAUUGUAUGAAGUUUUUAAAAUAAUGGACCAAACAUCUCUACCUGUGUUUAAUGUCCUCUCUAAUGUCUUUGAUGUACCACUUUUAAGAGAGUGUUAAUCUUGUUGCAUUAUUUGUUUUUAUUUCUUCAUGCAGUAGAUUUAGUAUGAGGUUUGCCAAACUGUUGUGAGCCCAUCCUUGCCCUUGUCAGGGCUUGGGGGUUCAAUGAAGAAGGGUGUUCUAUGCUUGAUAUCCUGCUUUUAUGAAUAAACAGUACCUGCUGUUAAUUAUUCAUCAAAGCAAACUUAAUGAUGACUAGGUAGGUGGUUAAAUUGUUUCUGAGUCCCUUGUAGGUGGAUCACAUGUGGCUAGUGAAUCAUCUGGUCAGGAUAUCGGUGGCUCAGAGGUGCUUGCCAAAGGCCAUAGAGAAAAUACUGUAUAUGGCAGAGCUUGAACUCAGGGAUCGAUCCUGCCACUGUGUCCCAUGCAGGUCCAUGUUGAAAUAAUUUCAGAAGCUUUGGCCAUAGCACCAAUAGCAAAACCCAUUUAGAAAAGAAACUUAGGAUAGGAUAGCAUAUAUCAGUGUUCCCUUAAUCUGACUAUCCAAUGACCGGAAAAGCUCUUGUAGAGUUAAGACGCCACAAUCAGCAGUGGCAAUCAUAUGCAAGCUGCUCUGAGCCACAGGGCAAUUUUCCUCCUCAAAGCAUCCUCAUUUAUAGACCUUGUAUGCUGAGUGUAGAGAGGUUUAUGCUUGAUAUCCUGCAGCUGGUGCAUUUUCAGUCAAUGGCAAACUAUUGGAAGCCUUCACAUUUUGCUGUCCAUACAAUCAUGGCUAAAGACACCAAUGGUAGGGGAUUUUUUUAAAAAAAGUUUCUUGUAAGGGCAAUAUGGGAAAAUCUACAUGAAAGGCACAGGGUAGAAAGAGAUGGAACAGAAGACUUAGCAAGGAGGAUUUCACCUGAUUGAAUCUGUGGUGCUAUGAAAGUACCACAGCAGCACCACAGAUCCAAUCAGGUGAAAUCCUUGAAUUGCUUGAAUGCCUACAGGUAUUCAGACACUUGAAUGUAGCUGCCCUGGCUUAGGCUUGGAGGGACACAGGCACUAAGCAAGAGAGCAUUUCUCUAGGAGCACCUCUCUAAAACUCUUGGACCGCUGUCAAGGUCUCUUCCAUACUCUCAAGCUCCCUUGUCUAGGAGAUUGUAAAUGAAGGAACCGAAUGGCUCAGUGAGCAUUCUGAUGUAACACACACUUUAGCUUGAACUUUUCUGUAAUUUUUCUCAGCUGAACUUUCUUUUAGGCGCGUUACAGACUGCCCAGAAGGGGCAGUCCUGCACCACUGCUGGUUGCUCCAUGAGGGAGCCGCAGCAGCCAAACCGCGCGGCUCCCUCGCGGAGCAAAAAGAAGCCCCAAAAU